GUUUUCAACCAUGUACAAUAGAAAUGUACAAGGCAUGUUCAGGGAGCCAGCAUAUGCAGAACCAGUAAUACAAUUGAGAAGUCCAGAAAACCUUCGGGAUAGAAACCAGUUGAAGAAGCGUUAUCAUCUGCUUAAAUCUAGAAGACUAUCGAAUCCGCAAUCUUCAGUUAAUAUUGUUAGUGACAGAAGAAAUCAUGAUUUGAAAUCGGAACAGGUCAAUCAACUUAAAGAUAAUGAACGGAAUAAAUUUCAUCUUAGAAGUUCUCGCAGUCGUGAAAAUCCAACAGUUAAUAGACGCUCUGUUCAAAAUAACAAUCCGUUGUUCCAUAAUCCAGAAACUUAUAAGUACCAGCCGUUUGAUAUGUCCAUGUGGACUCCUAAUUUGGGCCAUCCCUACUCACAUGUACCACAGUUUCAACCAAACCAAACCCUACUUAUUGGACCGGAAGAAUAUGAUCAAUAUACAUCUGACGAUUCACAAGAAAACCACUUGUUUCCUAAUACUGUCAAAUCUAUGCCAUGUUCACCUGGAGUCAAUCAACGCAUUGAGGAUCACUGUGUUAUCGACCCCGGUUUUACUGUAUCUGAACAGUUUGGCGAGAAGCAUUUUGGAUACAUUUACCCGUAUGAGUUUUACGAAAAUCAGUUGAAUAAACAGUUGACAAAGUUGAGUAUGCUCCAUGCCCAACAACUAAAUAUUCAGGUUCUGCUAGAGCGUGAAUGGCUGAAAUUGCACAAGCUUAAUUGUUUAAAAAUGUCAAAGUAUGGUUAUAACGAUUUGAGAAAAUCUGAAAAUGAUAAUCAAUUUCAAUUUCCAUUUCCUGAAAAUCAAAAUAUCACAAGAACUGUCCGUUCAACAAGUGAUAACAAUCAUAAUAAUAAUCAUAAUAAUCAUAAUCAUAAUAAAAUACCAGUUCAUUCACCUAAAAUGAAUCAAGCACAUUCAUCAAAACAUCAAAGUCAAUCAUUGAAUUUAAAUAAAAAUUACAAAUCAGCUGAUGGUGGACUUGAUAAUUCCGAUGAGAUUGAUGAUAAUAAUAAUCAACCAAUUCGCAAUGAUGAUGAUGAUGAUGAUGUAUAUGGUAAUUCUAACUACACAGGAAUGCAACAACGAUGUCGUAAUAGUGUAGCUGAAGAGAUAUUCGAUUUCAAUCCAUAUUAUCAUAUGAUUUCACCAAAUAAUACAUUAAAAAUCAAGAAACAAGCAUAUAAUAAUUUGAAUUCAACUAUUCAUCAUGGUAGAAAUCAUCCUUAUUCACAAGAAUCAUCGAAUCGUUUCAUUCACAGUACACAAACAGAUAAUUAUGCUACAUAUCCAUCAGUUUAUAAUGAAUUAUUAUCACAAAAAUUAACAAAUAAAAGUAAUAAUACUACUACUACUAAUAAUAAUAACAGUAAUAGUAAUUAUUAUUAUAUGUCUGAAUUAAAUAAUCAUCAAAUUAUUAAGAAACCAAAUGUACCAAUUAAUACUGUCACAUCAAAAAAGAAUCAAUUAACAAUUCCAUUAAAUAAUGAACCAAAUCAAAAUUUAGAAAAAUCACCACGAAUUGCUAGAAAACCUAAUGCAAUUAGCAUCAGUAAUAAUCAUAAUUCAACAAGAAUCAUUUCAGAAAAUCCAAUCAUUGAAUCAUCAUCGAAAAUCAAUAGAAUUUCAAGUCCUGAUCAUCAAUUAUAUACAAGAAAAUAUUUAAAAUCUGAUUAUAAUAAUAAUAAUAAUAAAAAGAAAUUUUUAUCAAAUGAAGAUGAUUCAAAACUCACACAGAAUACAUUUGAAAAGCCUUCACAAAUGUAUGCACUGCGUAGAAGUUUAUCACAACCUUGUAUUUAUGAACCAGAUUUAGACAAUGAAGAAAUGGACAGGUCAAGUUCUUUUCAAAAUGAUUCUCUUAUCAAACAACAAAUCAAUGAAUUAAAUAUUCAUAAAUCAUCAAAUGAAUCAAUUGAUUGUGAAAUCUUAGACAUUGAUUCAAAUGCUUCAUCAUCUGCAUCAGCAACAGCAGCAACCGCAGCAUUAUUGUGGUUUAAUAAUGAAUACACCACAAAUGAUUAUUAUAAUACAAAGAGAAAUACUUACAACAAUGAUAAUAGUGAUCAUAAUCAUAAUCAUAAUGAUAAUGAUCAAUAUUGUUGUUUACAAGAUACCAAUCAAUUAUUACCAACAUAUUCACGUAUUAUUAAUCAAGUUGAUAAAUUACCAAAACAUAUUGAAGUAGAUAGUGAAAAAGAUUAUGAAUAUACUAAUUCUAAUGCUACAACAAAUCAAUCAAGUAGUAGUAUAUUAAUUCAAACAAAUCAUCAUCAUCAUAAAAAAAUACAACAUAAUAAUUCAAUGUUCAAUGAUCAAUAUAAUAAUAAUAAUGAUGAGAAUAAUAAUAAUUUAAAAGUGAUUCAUACAACAAAUAAUAUAAAUGAUAUGAAAAAAUCAAUAUAUGAACAAGAUGAAAAAAUUUAUAGUACCGUACAUAUAUCAAAACAUUAUCAACAAACAAAUCAUCUGGAUACUAAUGAUUCAUCUAUUUUAUCAAACUCAUUAUCUAAAUUGAAAUUAUCCAAUUCUACUACUGUUCAACAUGAUAAAAUUAUUAAAACUAAUAAUACUUCUAUUACUAUGAUAAAGAGUAAUAAUUAUAGUAAUAAUAGUAAUAGUAAUAAUAGUCAUAAUAGUAAUCCUGAUUUCACUAAAUCUCUAAAACAUACAACUGAUGAUCAAUUGAAUAAUUACGAAUUUGAUUUAACUAAUGAUUCAGGUAUAUCAUCAGUAAAUAAAGAUUUAACUAUAACAAGUGGUGUAAUAUGUUUACACAAAGAAAUAAAUCAUAUGGUAUUUGGUCCAUGUCGUCAGUCUUUUACUCAUAUCACAUCAAAUAGUACAAUUCAUGAACGUAACAGUACACCAACAUGGUUAGCUAUAUGUACAGAUGAAAUGACAGUAUUCGUGUAUGAUUUAUGGACUCAUAAUUGUAUUAUAGAAUUUAUGAAUCAUGUUAUAUCAUCUACAAGUCCUGUAAUGUAUUUAUUUUCAAUGAAUUCAUCGGAAUAUUAUCAAAAUGAUAUAAAAACACAUACACAUAUUGGAUUUUUGUGUGUUAUACAAAAGAAUGGCAUUUUAACUUUAUACAAUAUCACUACUCGAAAUAUGAUUUCAAGAAUUAUAUUGAAUUGUGAAAUAUGUUGUGCUAGUUUAAUUCCAUGUCAAGGUCAACUUAAUCAAUACUUACCUCAAUCUAUAUUUAGUAUUGAUGUAAAUGGUUCAUUAACUAUAUCACAAUGGAAAAUUAUCAAAAAUAGUAAUGAUACAAUUCUUAAAGAACCGACAGUAUGUGAUGAAACAUUAGAGAUUGGUACUAAUAUUUUCAAAAAAAUAAUACGUAAAGGAAAACUUGACAAUUUUAAAUAUUGUACAUAUAUACAUGAUAAUUUACGUUCAAUAUCCAAUACUGACAUGAAAUUGCCUAAAAUAGCAAUCACUAACAACAACAACAACAAUAACAACAGUACAUCCAUUCAUUCAUUCAAUGAUUUAAUCAAUGCUAAUGAAUUUAGUUUUAUCACAGCAUCAUAUGAAUGUAAACAGAGGAAUAUUCUACGUUUAACUAAUUGGAUAUGUAAAUAUAAAACAUUACAUAAUACUGUAUCAUAUAAUAAAAUUUUAACUAAUGAUUCUAAUGCUACAUUAAUUGAUAUGACAAUUGUUGAAAGUGGUUGUUCUGGUAGUUUAUGUAUGUGUUUUACAAAUGAAAUAUUUUGGCUUAGUUUACAAACAUUUGAUAUAUUAUCAAAAUUUAAAUUGCCUACAUUUAUGCAACCAAUUCAUUGUUUAUCAAAAUCAUGGCCACAACCAGCUGAUUUAAAUCAAUCACAACAUAGACGUACAUGGAUUUAUGUUAGUAAAAAUCGUCUAUUAGAAAUUUCACCAUUUGAAAGUCAACGUCGAUUAGAUAUCAAUGGUAGACGUUGUUUGUUAGUUUUCUCUAUACCAUCAACAAAUUCACAAAUUACAAAUGUUUCAUCAAAUUUAAACACAACACCAAUUAUUGCUGCAGCUUUAGAAAAUGGUGAAGUUCAUUUAACACUUGUUCCUGAAUCAUGUUAUAGUUGUAUGGUGGAAUGUUGUUCACUUGGGUUUACCGAUAGAAAUGAAUUAGUCAAUCAUGUUGUACAAGAUCAUUAUCUAGACGAAUCAACAGAUGGAUUUCGAUGUAGCUGGGGUUCAUGUGAUUUGUAUCUGCCGUUAAAUUGUUCACAAUUUAAUAAAGAGGUAUUAGAACAUCAUGCUCAUAAACAUGUAUAUUCAUCUUCAUAAGAAAGAAAAACAAACUAAUUCUCACUGUUCAAUAUCAUCAUUCAACAAAAAUUGAUACUAUUCAGUUCUUGUUUAUUUGUUUACAUAACUAUGGAUGGAAUUUUUUUAAAAUUAAUUUCCAUUAAAACUACCUAAGAUUUCAUUCGCAUUUUUGUCACUUACACACACAUAUAUAUAAAUGUUCAUACUUAUUUGUUUAAAUGUAUUGAAAAUAUUUUUCACAAAAAAGAAAAAAAGAGUUUUCUAUUCAUUGAAACAAGAAAAUUUCUAUUUCAUACUCCUCCGCCUCGUCCUCCUCCUCUACAGCCUUCAACAGUGCCUUAUUCUUCUUCUUCAGUUUCAAAAAAAAACAAAAUUCAAAUUGAGAUAUUAUUGAUUCUGACAAAUUUAUAUUCAAAAUUCAAUUUUGUCAAAAUCAACUUCAUCCCUUCUUAAUCAAUAAUUCCAAUAUAAAAAAAAGUAUUUUGAAUUAAAAUUUAUUCAUCCACUAUAAUUAAAUGUGUGUUCUCUUUCAUGACAUCAUUUUAGUUUGAGUAAUAAUAUUUAAUUUACAAACAAUUGUGUAAUAAUUUUCAAAGCGUUUAUUUGUCUGUUCAAUUUACAAUGUUUUGUUGUUGAUAUUGUCGAUGAACAUUGAAAAAAAACAACUCAUCAUCCAUUAUCUGUCUGUCAUACAAUAAACAGUAUUUUUUUUAAUCAUUAUUAUCCUUGAAGUCGACGAUUAUGAUGAAUACAGCACUCACUCACUGAUUAAUUCAAGAGUUUUUUUUUUAUAACAGUAAACAGAAAAACACUCAACUAUAUCACCUUUCUUAGCUGAGUUCAUUGACCUCUAUUUUUUACAUAGAUGAUUACUACUGACUGACUACUGCAAUAGUUGACAUGAUGAUUACAUUAAAUAACUUUCAUGUAAUUUUAGAUUUUUUCUUUGUGUUGACAUUUUUUUGUAUUUAUUUAUAUACUACCGACUGAUUAAAUUAUUAUUAUUAUUUUUUUAACUAUUUUAAUUUACUUGACAAAAAAUAAUAUGUGGUUAUUGAAUUUCAA